AUGGUGCUUGCGCGCCAACUAAGCACUUGUUUGCUUGUUGGGCUCGUGGCCGGCCAACAGUCCCAAGAUAACGCCGAUCCGAUCGCCGUCCGAUACGCCAAAAGCUACAUCGUGGAAUUCGCAGAUGACAAAUCAAGUCGGCUGAGCUCACUUUCUUCAACCGAUGGAGUUCGAAUAGUGAAGCAAUUUGUCAGCGAGAUCUUCACCGGAGCUAGUGUGGAAACCGCCGACCUCACUCUUGAAAGUCUCUUGGAACUUCCUGACAUUGUCAACGCCUGGCCAAAUAAUAUUGAAGAAAACACCCCGCAAGCGGUACCUGCGGUCGCCCAUGUCGUCACUGGAGUCGACAAGGUGCACGAGAAGGGAAUCUAUGGCAACGGAGUAAAGAUUGGAGUGGUGGACACAGGAAUUUGGUACAAUCACGAUGCUCUCGGCGGUGGCUUUGGAGAGGGCUUCAAAGUUGCUGGAGGGUUCGACUUCGUUGGUGAUCAGUAUUGGCCAUUUGUUGGCUAUGAGAAGGAGCCCGACCAAGAUCCUUUGGACCUGCUCGGACACGGCACUCAUGUGGCCGGUAUCAUUGCUGGCAAGACAGAAGACUUCAUUGGAGUAGCUCCCGACGCCACUCUUUACGCCUACAAGGUCAUGUCUCGCCAGGGUUCCACCGACGCGGCCACUCUCAUUGAAUCGUUUCUAGCGGCAUUCAACGAUGGGAUUGACAUCAUAACCUCAAGCAUAGGAGGCUCAAGCGGCUGGGCUGAAGAAGCCUGGGCUGUAGUUGCAUCUCGCCUGGUCGAACAAGGCAUCGUCGUGACCAUCUCAGCUGCUAACUCCGGGUCCAUAGGGCCGUUCUACGGUAGCAGUGGCUCGUCGGGCAAGAAUGUUCUCGCGAUUGCGUCGGCCGAUGCUCCGGCCGUCAACACUACUCGCGCGUCCUCUUUCACCUCUUGGGGCUUGCUGAAUGAUCUUAGCGUAAAGCCUGACAUCACAGCUCCCGGUGGCUCGAUCUACAGCGCGUAUCUUGACAACGGAUGGACUGUCAUGUCGGGGACUAGUAUGAGCUGUCCAUACGUUGCAGGCGUCGCUGCGCUCUACAUAAGUGCUUUCGGAGGCCGGGAAGUGCAUGGGAAAGAUUUUGCAUUGAAACUGGGCAAACAAAUCAUUGCCAGCGGGAAUGUGCUCGCGUACCACGACGGGGCAUACACCGACCUCCCGGCACCGGUGCCUCAGGUAGGCAAUGGUCUCGUUGAUGCUUUUAAGCUACUUCACUCCAAUACGACACUGGAUUUCGACCCCAUCGCUUUGUACGACACAGUCAAUUUCAGAGGGGACCAUACGAUUACUGUCAGCAACCGGGGCUCUGAUGAUGUCACAUAUCAUACAUCUCUUCAGGAUGCCUAUGGGGUUGAAACAUUGCUGCUGGAUGUUGCCAAUGGCGACAAAACAGUGCGAAGCUUGUCAGAUUUGGCGCCCCGAAAGCUCGGAGUUGAUGUCAGCUUACCCGAGGAUUUCACGCUCAAGCCAGGAGAAGAGAAAGCCAUACCAUUGAACUUCAAGAACCCUGAGUCUCAUGAAUGGGAUUCGUCUGUCUUACCCCUUUACAGUGGAAAGAUCUUGAUUUCGGGAGACAACGGUGACGAGCUCUCCGUACCCUACGCAGGUGUUGGAGCCGACCUCAAGAAAGAAAUAAAUCCUUUAUUUCGGAACGGAUUCCCAUAUGUUGUCUCCGGAGAACCGGCUCAGAUUGGGAAAACAGCCUUCACUUUCAACCUAACACUCGGAGUUCAAGACUUCCCGAAGAUCUUCCAUAACAUUAUUUGGGGAACCCGUCAGCUUAGAUGGGAUAUAUUCGAGGACGGAUGGACCGAAAGUAAUUGGACAUAUCCUCUAGUCGCUGGCGAGAAUGGGUACAUAGGAUCGGGCGCAUAUUGGGCAGGCUCCGGCCAAGCGCCAUUCUUUGAUCCGAGCCGAUGGGACCCCGACGACACACUAUCGUAUCCAAAGGUUGAACAGCCCCGGGGCAGCGGCAACUCCGAAAAUUGGUGGUUUGGAAAGCUUGCGAAUGGCAGCCAGAUUGCAUUGGGCAAUUACACAAUUCGGUAUGCUGCUCUCAAGCCUUUUGGUGAUCCCGCCCAGUCUGAGGAUUGGGCUACUUUCACGACACCUUUGGGGGUCCUUGGACAGUAUUGA